CUUGCUGUUACGCUAUUAACUUGCACUCCACUUCGGGCAUAUUCCAUCAAUAACAUGAAAAUAAUUUUUAUUUUAGUAAUGGUGUGAUUAAUGUUAUGACUGUUUUUAUGCAUUAAAGAUCAUAAUUAGUAGGCCAGUAAGGCUCAGAUAAUAUACUUUUUUAAAAGGAAAAUAUUUAGGGCCCUUGAACAUAACAUCACGCAUAAAGACUUUGACUUAUGAUUCAUUCCUAGCCAGCUAUCCAGUCUCUUAUUUAUAUUUUUUAUUUGAGCUUUUGCCCAUGAACUCGAGUACAAGACAAAAAUGGGUUUGCGUCUUUGUAAAUAACAAAAAUUUGUAAACACAGCUUCUCUGAUAACACAGAAAAUAUAAAAUCCAACGCACAUUAAAAACGAAGGUUUAUAUCUAUUCAGUGCACAGGUUGCCGCAUUUCUGUCUCUGCUUAUGUAGCCUUUCAUCUCUGACGUUAGUUGCCUGGUAACAUGUAAACAUCAUGGAAGAACUAAAAGUAUUUUGAAAGUGUGGGAGUUGUCAUGCAAAUAAAGUAUUUAAUGUGACGCGUGUAAGGAAAACGAAUGUUAUGCUUGUUGUAAUAUAUGUCUUGCGUGUGAAUAGGAUGCAUAUGCAUUUUUUAAUCUAAUGCUUUUCAUGUGAAUAUAAUGUGUUAAUUUACCAUUACCCUAGUAACAAUCGUUAAAUGAAUUAUAAAUAUAUAAAAAAAUAAAUUCCCUAGUAACAACUUAUCCAUGUUGUUGUACUGCCUGUUAUACUACUGCAGAUUGUAGUUUGUGUUUUCAGUAAAGUUUAUCCAAAGUUGAUGUUAUGAGUGCUGCAAUAUAUGUCAUGUUGCUCAGACUUCUCCUGCAUACUGAAUACUGGUUUAAGCAUUCUUGUUCUGCUUAUGUUUCUCUACAUACUCAUAAUUGUGUACUUCAGCUUUACCAUUUGUAUACUUAAUUUCAAAGAACACUGACACCUAUGAUCAUAAAUAAACAAUGGAUAGGUAUGGGCUUCCAACAACUGAAAGCAGAUCCCCUGGUAAAUGGGGUGAAUGGCUUGCAAUAUUAUGUGGCUGCCUAGCUCCUGUGUUUUUUCCUCCCAUACACAUUGGCAUUCUCUAUUAUUUUUGGGAAGACUUUUCUCGAAGUGUGGACAAGCAUUUUUGCUCAUGUUCCUGCUGGGAUACUGUUUUUAAAGGGACUUAUGAAUCAGGUGUAGCAUCAUAUAAACACCUGUACUUCAAUGCUACAAAGAAUACAUUCAAAAUAUGGAUACUAACUGUUGUUAGCAUGAUAGCUCUUUAUGAAUGUAUACGUCAUCUUACACUCCUAACACUCCAAUGGCAUUUGAGGUUCUCAAUGCUAGUUCUGUUCUUGUCAUCUGUUUUUGCUCAUUACUAUUCAUGGUGGGCAUAUGUUAAUUACUGGAAUGAUGAUUUUUACUCACAGUGGAACCAUCAGCUGUUUUUUACUCUGUCAGAACUUUUCUCAACUACGCUUGUUAUGCAUCUAGCAAAUGCCGAUAUCCCUGUCACAAACCGCAAAGCUCUGGGCAUAAUAGGUAUAGCAUUGAUUCAUGUCCUUGCUGGAGGAUGGGAUCAAUUUGUUGAAAAUGUUGUUAGAGGUGAAGGAUAUUCACACCAGGUACUACGAGAUCUGGGAUUCAUGAUUCCAGACCUUCUUCAUGUGUGUUUGCCUCUGUAUGAAUUAAGACGUAAUCGCAAACAAAGAUCAAGACUUCAUUUCACUGAAUUCCUUGGCCUUAUGAUUCUAGUGUCUUUGGGAUUCCUGGUAUGUUCAGUGCUCUAGCUAUCAUAUUUUAGUGCCAACAUUGCCUCAUUUUGAUUCUGUGUUGAAUAUCAUAAGCUGCUUUGGAGUUAUCCAUAAGUGAUGAAUAUUUUACAAUAUUCAGUUUAUGGCUAACACCUGUAACUGCUGUGUCUGCCUUACUAGUUAAUAAUCUGUGUUUGCAAGAAAGUAAUUAUCUUUAAAAAUUAUAAACUAUAUGCAUACAAAAGCUGGUAUGAAACCUAAUGUGAUUGCUUGAAGAUCUUUAAUGAUCUGUAUGCUAAGUUUAGCAUUAACACCAAUUACUGUAAAUGGUUUUUACAUGUUAGUCUUAACUUCAAAAAAUAUUAUUUACUUGUGUGACAGCUUCUACUUUUUAGUUACGUUCAAAAUUAAGGUAAUCACCACAUAACAUGCACACUGCAUAAUCACAUUUGGCAUUGUAUUACAGAUUGCAGGUUUAAAUAUGUCUUAAAGAGAUUUGAUUAUGAAAUAUAUGUUGUGUUUUAAAUGAUAGAUAUUUAUGUAUAGGAUUGGAAUUUCUUAUCUUAACUUCAUCUUACUAAGAAAAAUGAGUUUAGAAUUACUGAUGUUAUUUUAAAUACCUUAAUUUAUUAUUGCCAUUUCAUACUCCAUAACAUGGUAAACAGACCAUAAUUUUAGGAGGUAGAAACUGACAGACUUUGCCAUGAAUUCCUGUGAUGAAUGUGUUUGUAAUGGUGAUACUGUAUUUGUUAAAUAUGUGGCAAAAUGUCAAUAUUUUGAGCAAGGUUAUUAUUGCAAAAACAAUAAUGUUGUUAAUGAAUGUGUAAUUAAACCAGGAAAUUAAGAUAUAGUUUUGUGCUGCUGUAGUUAAUUAUUAUCGAGGAGGGUGUGGUGGGUGGGACAUGCAGCUUGAAUGGGGGAGGGCUAUUUAUAGGGUAUUGGUUAGGAGGCCUGAAGGGAGGAGACCACUGGAAAUAUCUAGGCAUAGGUGUUAGGCUAACAUUAAGAUGGAUCUUAAGAAGAUAGGAGUCACUGGAGUGAACUGGAUGCAGCUACCUCAGGAUAGAGUCUGGUGGCAGGCUGUUGUGAACAUGAUGAUGAACCUUCAGGUUUCAUAAAGAAAGUGGGCUGUUCUUUGACAGGCCAAGUAUGAUGUCGACUUUUCAAAUUUAUCCUGCACCAUAGAGUGAAUGAAUGAGUAGUUAAUAUAUUUAUACAUUUCAGAAACCAAGUUUAAUUAGACCAAUGUUCUUGCUGUGCAUUGUUUCUGAAAUCAUAUAAAUACCAAAUUAUGAGAAACAUUCUCUGCUGUUCCAAGCCAGAUAGUUGAUUGCGAUAUAAGUAACAAUCCCACUAGCUGUUGUCCUUUUAACUCAAUGAGAGAAAAGAACAAUUAUGUUAUUUUGUAGCUGUUGCUUUUAUAAAUGUAAGUACUAUGAAAUGUCAAGUCAUAUGCAUUGAAAUGCUUUAGAGCUAUCAUAAUUGUAACUUGCAGAUGACGUGUGUGUAGGGUUUCUUUAUAAAAGCAUUCUUUGUGGAGGUGUAGCUAAAACAUUGAAUUGUAGGCAAAAUAAAGUGGAAAGUCAUUAUAAAAUUAUGAUUGUUUCUCAGUGAUACCAUCAAGUAUAAUUUAGCCAUAACAUUGGCUGUCAUUUAGGAUUUUAGGUUCCCAAGGCAGUGGCUGUCCUCUGGAUUGUAGCGCCAUGUAGUUUGGUAGAAAUUUGCUAAUGUUUCAGAAUUUUCUUGCUGCCUCCAUCAUCAGGGCCAUGACAUGGCACUACAACCCAGAAGGCAGCCAUAUUCUUAGCUAUCAUAUGUUUUAUUACUAACAGACAGUUAUAAAAUGUCAUGUAAAUGGGCAUUCCCAUAUUUUCAUAUUUUAAAGAAUUGUGGGUCAAGGAGGCUAAAUGUAAAUUAAUUUUUAACUACCAAAGAAAAGUGUGUAGUAGCAGUUAUUGAAGUGGCAUUCAGCAGUACAAAUUUAUCAUAAUGCAACAUGGUUUAACAUAAUUUAAUACUUCUUAUUAUAUAAUAAUCACAAAUGUUGUUCUUAAUUAAAAAUAGUCACAGUAUAUACUUCAGUUGUUUGAAGAACUGGAAUUGUCUUGCCAUUUUGCCAUAGGCAAACUGUAAUGAAAGUUUAUUAGAGCAUUCCUGGAUGUUUUCUUUACACAACUGAAGUGCUUUAGUUCUUAUUUUCCAAUUUCUAACAAUGUGGUAGCGAACCUGAAGUAGUACCAAUGAUCAUGAGCAGUUUCAUUGUGCUGAAUGAAUACCUUAUGAUUAGCUUCUAAAGAAAUAUGUGCUGACCUGCAAUGUUCCAGUCGGUGAUUUAAAGUGCUCUUCCACAUGUAACAUGACUGAAUAUUUAGGGUUUAUUAAAAACCAAUGCUUAACAUACAAGUAAACACUGUGUUAAAAUAAUUAUUAAAAUCAGACACAGUGAGCAGAGCAGGUGUGAAUUCCAUAGCAUGAAUGUUUGUGUGUAAUGUUCAUCACUAGACAUCACCAUCUUGUCCUUACCCAUUCUGGUAGGUUGAGAUGACUCUCAGAAUUGAGCAACCUCAGGAUAUUUGUUAAAAUUCUUUGGGGAAAGAAUGUAAACAUUUCUGAAUAUUUUGGUACUUUAACACAAUUUUUGCUCUUUCAAGAGACUCAUUUUCUGGAAUCCUCUAAUUAAUCUAGCUACUUAUGUUUUAUUUUCUUUGUGAUGAAUGCUAUCGUGUAAUGUAUUUGUUUUUGGACAGUCUGAGGAAUUUUUUUUGAAAAACCUUGUUUUAAAAUAAGGUUGGUUAAAAUGAUGUAUACUACAGUACCAAAUCAUACUACAUUGUACUCUGAAUUUCACUUUCAUAUCAUAAUGAGCAACAUGUUGUGCUUGCAAUGCCAACUUCACAGCUGAGCCCAGUGAAUAUUCACAGUGUGUAUAUGAUUAUGAUGAUGACUUGGGUUUAAGAACCCAAGUUACCAUCAUAAAUGUUGAGAUGUUUUGUGUUAUAGCUGUAAAGAAGACAGAUAACUUCAAUUUUUUUGUCAGUUUACAUACUUAUAUUACUAGAUUAAAUAAAGGUGAGCAGAAUAUUUAAUAAUAAAAAUUAAUCUUGCCCUCUUAAAUCAACUGGAUACAAAUUAUAAUUUUUUCUCCUGUAAUUUAUAAUCAUAAGUUGAUAUGAUCAGAAUAUGUCUAGUACGGUACGCUUCUUUCAGGACACAAUUUGAUUAUGUGAUCUUUGGCACUACCGGAAAUAUAUUUGCUUGUAGGGCACUGUUUAGUUUGAAGAACAGAAAGAAGUCCCUUGGUGCUAAAUCCAGCAAAUACAGUGGUUGAUAAAAAGAAAUGAAUGUUAUGCUUGGUGACAGCUUUUGUGUGGGGGAUCUAAGAAAUAGCAGAACUGUUUGAACAAGGAGGGAAUACUUUGAAGGGAUUGCUCCCAAAAAUAAGUACUGGAACUUUUAGGUCAAACCUCAUAGUCUGUUAGUCAGGAUUUUCAUCACUCAGGGCUGUUAACAUAAAGCCAAGUUUUCACUGCAGCUGUUCAAGAUCAGAAUGUGUACAGUAUCUGCCAUCAACUAUAAAUGUAAUUUUGAUCAAUUUUUUGUUAAGCUUUCCUUUUGUAUAGAACCUUCAACAUAAUUAAACAAUUGUAAAUUCUAUAUUCCUCAACACAGUGUGAAAUAUUAGUAUGCAGUAUUAUUUUGGUAACUUUUAAGAUUAGAAAGUUGACAUUGAGACUACCGUCUUACGAGUCAUGAUUUGGUUAGUGGCUUAAUUGGAAUCUUAAAUUGAAGCAGAGCCAAAAGUAUUAGCAGGAGAAUUGUAUUACUGCUAGUAAUCAUUUAAAUGCAAUAUAAAUAUGCUAGUUAGUUUUAAGUUCAGUUGUCUGCAUAUGAAUUUUGUUCAUAAAAUGUAAACAAAUUUAAAGUGGAUUUGUAACACUGUGUUUGUUACAAGCAACACAAUUACCAUGCAACUUGCUUAUGUUUAAGCUAUUGCAAUUAGUUAAGUGUCCAUUGUUUUGGUAAUUGAUUGUUUGCAAAAGGAUAAGUUGUCUGGGUUUACUGUCUCUGUGUGAAUAUGUAUGUGUGCGCACGAGCAUGCACGCACACAUGUGAGAGAGAGAGCGUGUGUGCAUAUGCCCGCACAUGCACACAUUUCUCCCAUAGCCUUGACAAAUUGCUGAUUUACAUGAAACUUGGUAGAAAGGUCAUACGAUUAGAGGAGGACUCUUGAUGAUAACAUGGCAGCCAUAUAAACUUUUGAAGGUUAUAUCGACUUUUGCACUAUUCAGCUUUAGAUCCUCAACAUUUAUAAGAAUAUAAAUCAUGGAGAUUCUAAAACAUAGAGUUUGCAGGUCAUUCUUGUCAAAAAUGGAUAAUAAUAGCAUGGAGAAUGCCCAAAAAUUUAUGAUUUCAUGUUGUUAACUGAUGAAGAAUUGUAGACAUUCAAUGUUAUGAGGUGAUGGAUUAUAAAGAUAUCUGCAAAUGUAGUUUAAUAAUAUUUUGAAGUUAUGUACCAUUCAGAAUUUAUUUAGUGUGUUCAAACUACAUUGUUUCUUUAGGUGUCCCUUUUAUCAUCUGCAUAUGUUAGAACUGUUCUUAGUACAUAAAUGCAGAUUGUCAAUUGGUGUAUUAUUAAUAUAACAGGUUAAAUAAGUAAUAUAUUUUUAUAUGAAUUUAUGUACUAAGCAGACAGAUUCUGUCAGUACAUAUGUGUCUUAUAUGCAAGCUUCAUCUUUUAAAAACCAAUCCAUCAUAAAACUUAAUCUAUGACUUCUACAAAAUAUAACAUUACACAUUAUAAUACUGAAAUCAAUACAGCGUCUCUAAACACAGAAGAAAUGAUUUUUAUUGGUAAUUUUUUGUGCUGAAGAUGACUGUCUUCUGGGUUGCUGCAGGAUGUAGUCUGGUAGGAGUUUACCAACAUUUCAUGUGCUUGCUGCCUCCAUCAUCAGGGUGUUGAGUGACUGAUGAUAGAGGCAGGAAGCACCUCUGAAACAUUUGUAAACUGCUACCAGACUACAAAGCAGAACAUCCCAGAAGACAGUUAUCUUCGUACUUGCCACUGUGAAAAUUUGAAACCUCACCAAGUAAUUUUCAUAUUUCCAUUUAUUCACACAAGAGCUACAUGAGAUUUGAAAUUUUCAUAGUGGUGAAAAUGUGGACUUUUGUCUUCUGGAUUGUGAUGCUAUAUAAUCUUGUAGAUGUUACCACCUAGAUUCAAUUAUUACAAUACUAUGUGGUAUAUCAACUCAGCAGACUACAGUUUACAAAGAAGAAUUAGAUUGUUUGCUGAUAAAGUAAUAGACCAUUUCAUUUCUGUAGUUUUUAAAAAUUAUGGUGAUAUAUAGUGUUUAUUAUUUUGUAUAUGAAGAAAUUUGUGUAUUGCUUAAUAUUGAUUUUCUGUUUUCUUGAAGAAAGCACCUGUAGGAUAUAAUGUUUUCAGUUCAAACUUUUACUGUUUCCCCAGGAAAUUCCUUGUAUUUUAAGGUAGCAAAGAAUUUUCCCCUUGUUUGAAAGUGUUUUCCAAUAUCAUUUUCCACUGAACAUCAAUAUUUCAAUUUAAUUUCCAAUACAUGCCAUUUAGUGUGAUUUUAAACAUAUACUGACAAUUCAGUAGACUGUUAGAUGUAAUAUACUAUUAGUAUUAUUUUAUAAUUAUUUAAUAGUCACUGACUUCCUGUCCACAUACCAAUUAAAUGCUAUUAAUAUGUCAAUUAAUUGUUAUGUAUUAAUGUUAUAUUUUUGUGUACAUUUUUUCCCAAGGCAGGUGUAACAAAUCAUAUUAUAGUAGUGUUUUAUGGUUUCUUGAGUGGAGUUACCAUUUUUAUAUAUAUGACCUUUUCUUCUAUCAGAUGCUACAAGUACACCAGCAAUAUUGCAUUGAAUGUAUCGUCAGCUGUUAUAUCUGAGAUGUUAUUUGUUAAUGAAUUUUUAUUUUCAUAAUUUUUUACCUGUAAACCUUGUUUCCAUACUUGGCAGAAUUAUGGCUGAAGGUGGCAAAUUGUUUGAUUUUCCUGAUUAUUUGUUUGAGAUAUUCUGGGAAGGAAUCAGUGAAUCAAACUGUAUUUUGAAGAAACUAUGUACAUUUAAUUUUAUUUUGUGCCGUUUUGUGUAAAUACUCUACAGCCAGAUCUCUGUUUUCACUUCAUCCCGGAGUUCACAAGAUAUAACUGUUGAAUCAUAUUUUAAUAUGUUUCAUUUAAGUGAAAGAUAUGAACAGUAAAUACAGAGUAUACUUAAAUUAAAAUUAAAAGUACAGGAUCUGCUCAUUUCAUUAUGGUAUGGCAGCCAUUUGAGAUAGUGUUUAACUGAUGUUCAAGGCUUUCUCAACAGAAGUUGGGAAACUUCAUUACAUUUCCUAAACAGGUUCCUCAUAACUCAAUGAGUUUGAAAUUGAAAUGAUACCUUGCUAGGGAGUAUCAAAAAUAAUGUGACCCAUUCAACAAGAUAAUGUUUAAACUUUGUAGCAUGAGCUUCUGGACAACAAUGGAAAUGUGAUUUCAGAUCAGCAGUUUCACGUAACUGAGGACAAUAUUAGUCAUUCAUCCUAUAUUUCUGGUAAUAGGAGUCCAAUAACUGCAGUGUGGUAAUUUAUUAAUGUUACAGUUAUCAGCUGAAAUUAAAUAUAAACAUUUUAUUACAUUUUUGAAAGUAUGGUCUGUGGUCAAUGUUGGAAGACAAUGUUGUGCAACAAUGAUCUGGGAUUGCAUUUAUGCAAUAAAGACCUAAGAUGCAGCAGUAAACUUGGAUCAUGUCAAUGCAAUAAGGACCCAUGUGACAUGCCAUUAAUAACACCUUUGGAACGUCAGUUUACUCAAAAGAGUACACCUUUUAAGUGUUAUUUUGUAAGCUCAUUUCACAAGAAAAUUCUUAUUAGCACUGCUAUCUUCAACCAUAUUUUUAGAGUGAGGCAUUCUGAUAGUUCAGUAUUGUGAAUUCUAACUGAAAAUAAUAUUUUAUCACAUUGAUCAGCUCCUCUAACUGAAGGAAUAUGUGUGUUUGUAGGUAUAAUGUAUUGAAAGAAUACUUGAACAAAAUUUGGACACCUCACUGAGAUAAAUGUAUUAUUAUUCAAAUUAUUUUCAGGAUAUCUGUGAAACCGAAAACAAACGACAGGGCAGGGCCUUUCUGGUGACAGUUCUCUUCCAUACCAUGUAGUUUCUUUUUUACAUCCAAAUUCUGUAUUCUCACAUUUUCAUAUUACCAGAAGCCCAUGCAAUUUAUUCUCAUGUUUUGUUCCUUUCCCAGAAAGAGAAUGCAGCUUCAGAUUAUAUAAUGGAAUGAUUUAUGUUAACAUUUUUAUUUGUUUGUUUAUUUAUUCAUUUACAACAAAGGCAAUGUAUAUUAUGUUUAUUUUAUAUGAUUUUACAUCUGCAUCUUGUAAUUGUUUAACCUACAUUAACACUGACAGCUUUUGUUCACAUUCAUAAUGGUUGGUGUUAAUGUGGGUUCAACAAUAUUGUUUAUACUUUACUUUUUAUGACGAAGACAGUACAUAUUGUGCUUACUAAGUUCCUUCAGACAAUACGUGACUAGUAUUAAAAUAUAUACUUAUGUUGAAGUAUUUUCUCAAAUUACAUUCAUUGUACCAGCUUCUAUGAUGUUACACAUUUACUUGUAAAGGUCAUGUUACCAAAGACACUUUAUGGGAGUCUGAUACACUGCUACGCAUUCUGUGUAAAAGAAAAGGUGAAUUUCUUCUCAGGACUGUUAAUAUAUACAGAGUGCUGGAAAAAUGUACAAACAAUACAUAGAUCUGUAUUAAAUAUUACAUAAGAAAAAUAGAAGAUUUUACAGCUUUAUGCCAUGGUAAAUUUGAUAUGGCAAUUGUUCUUAUUAAAACAUCUCGUUUUUAUUAAGAUGUAGAUUAUUUCACAUAUUUUUUGCAUCAAGUUUUAAAAUACCUUUAAAUAAAUAGAACACUGUUAUAGAUGCAUUAUGAUGUUGGUGGAAUAUAUUAAACCUACAUACAAUUUA